ACACAUGUCUUUUCACUUACAGCAUAACACGAUUAUCAGUGAAUGAUGGAUCCGGCAUGAGCAGCCAUAACACAGAGACAAAAUAUGCCCAUACUUGUCCUAUACCCUGGCUUCCUCUCUCUUUCACUUUCAGUCUCUUUCAUCUCUCUAUCUCCUUACUCGCCCAUCUCUUCUUCCCUCGUAUCCGCCUUCCCCUUCCCUGUUACGACCGCUCGAUAACACACUUCCUUUCGUGUGGUUUUGUUCAUUGCGCAUUUUCAGCCCUGCUACUCGCUUCAACAAGUCUACUGGUUCUUGAGGUGCUAUUCGGAACUUUGGCCCUCAGUGCCCCGUGCAAGGGACCAUGGAUCUGGCCGCCAUAUUGUCUGAGCCGAUUGAUGUGGCCUUGGUCCAUGAUUUGGCCAAGAUACAUUAUGUAGCCGAGCAAUCGGUUCGAAACGUCCAUAGCGGUGCAGGGCACGAGAAAGCAUCCCCGCCUCUUGAUCUUCCCGGGAAAUGGGAAGCCGAACAGCAUGAAGUUCAAGCGGUGUAUUCAGAACGAGCUCUUGGACUAGUCUCGUCGAGUCAAUACAAGGGAGCACAGGUAAACGAUUACGAAUUCGCCCAGAUACUUUAUGCCAAGCUUUAUGCGCAACUGGAUUCCGACCAAGCGGCGGCAGCUUUUCCAAUCCAGCUUUCCACAUUCAAAUCAGCAGUGAAAGUGCUGCUGAGCCCCGAUGCUAAACCUGGAUUGUGCCCAGUCCAAGCUGAGGAGAAAGGAACGGCUGCUGCCCUUAACAGUCCACCGGUAGUGGACGCCUCGAUGGUCGAUGCGACCGACGCAGUAACAUCGGAGGAGGAAGUGUACAGCAUCGGUAACACAGCAGAUCAAAAGAUCGAGGCGCUUGAAUCUGCUGUCACCAAAGGUGUCAAGGUGCUGACCGACAUGAGAGAACUCUUCAGCGAGUCCGAUGAUUGGGUGACUGAAACCGACUGGCGGGCCGAGAUAGAAAAGACUCUUUCCAAGGCUUGUAAGGAGAAGGUUGUGAUUGGAAUUGUCGGAAGUACUGGUGCCGGGAAAUCGUCGCUGAUUAACGCGCUCAUUGAUGAGAAGGGUGUUUUGACUACCGACUGUAUGCGUGCAUCCACAGCCGUCCCGAUCGAAGUCUCCUACAAUGAUGGAGAAUUCCGCUACAAAGCGGAAGUCCAGUUUAUCAAUCACAGGGACUGGGAGCGUGAACUUAACAUCCUCUUUGCAGAGCUUCGUGACCAUGCUGAGGAACUGGCUCGUGGCGAGGCGCCGAAAGAUCCCGAGGCAGCAAUCGCAUUGGACAAAAUCAUGGCUGUAUACCCGGCCCUCAAGCGGCAGACACUUCUAGAGACUUCGCCGGGUAAGCUUAUGGAUGACAAGAGAGUCUCGGAUUUACUGGGCCGAACCAUUCGGAUCGAAGAGAAUCACUCGAAAAGUUUCUCCGAAGGCCUCAAGGCAUACAUUGACAGCAAGGGCAAGAAAAGGGGCAGGCCCAAGUCUACAGCUCAAAAGGCACCUGCUUCGCAGCAGAAAGGCUCGUCGGACGAUCGGGGACUCGCCGACCAAGGUAUUGGGCUCUGGCCUCUCGUUCGUGUUGUUCGGGUCUUUGUCAAAGCCGAAGCUUUGUCGACGGGAGCUGUGCUAGUUGAUCUUCCAGGGGUCUUUGAUUCAAAUGCAGCGCGUGUUGCGGUGGCUGAUGAGUACAUGAAGCGUUGCUCCGCACACUGGAUUGUGGCACCCAUCAAUCGAGCGGUCGAUGACAAAGUUGCUCAUGAUCUGUUGGGCAAGAACUUCAAGACGCAGAUGCACAUGGACGGUGCAUUCAAUGACAUAACGUUCAUCUGCACCAAGACCGAUGACAUCGUUCCGGCUGAAGUCGCGCGAUCUUUGGAAAUUGAUCUACCGUCUAUUGACGAUGACAUGGGGGCAUAUCUGGAGCGGCUUGAGGGCUUGGAAACGGAACUCCAAGUGCACAGAGAAUCCCAGGAACAGAUAUCUUCAAAGCUUGAUGCCGUUCAGGACGAGAUCGAUGAACUAGAAGAAAAGGAAGGCGAUCUCGAUGCAGUCGUGCUUACUCCGAAGAAACGCAAGAGGAUUAGUAUGGGCGAGGAGUCGCCCGGGGAAUUGAUUUCGACUAUGACCCUCUCUGAAGAUGUGGAAGACGCAGACGAGGACGAUGAUCGUCAAAAACUUCAGCGCAAGCUGCGUGAACUGAGAGCUCAGCGAAAAAAUCUCGACAAUCAGCGACGCCAAAUCCAGCAGCAAAUCGUGGACGAGAAGAGUGAAAUCCAGCGGCUGCGUGUUGAAAAACAAAACAUCGAAUUCAAGGAUCUCCAGUUCUGCAUCGAGGCUCGAAAUAACUUUUCGAAGCAUGAAAUCAAACGCGACUUCGCUCAAACCAUUGCAAAUUUAGAUCUAGAAGAUGAAAAAGCUGAUGACGCUAUGCCUCUUACUCCUCGUCGUGACUAUGGUGAACUAGAGCGAAACCUUGCUGUGUUCUGCGUGUCUCCUAGAGCCUAUCAAGGGCUGCGCGGCCGUCCUGAGCCUGACAUCCGGGUUGGUGGGUUUUCGCAUCUGGAAAAAACCGAGAUUCCUGCUUUGCAGCGGUAUUGUAUCUCGCUAACCAGCAAAGCCCGCGAGCGUGCUGCUCGACGGUUCUUGGUGGCGCUGAACUCACUUCUCCAAUCCAUGACGCUCUGGUCCUCCAUUAUCACGCAAGUGGCAGAUAUUUCCGACCAGACCAAGCUGGAGAUCGAGGCAGGAUUCCAUAGGGCAUUGGAGAAACUAGCCGAGGCCACAAAUAAGUCUCGGGAUCUUUGUAUUUCUGAUAGUCGGAGAAUUAUCAAGAGUAAGAUCACAAAAUUGCUGGGCCAUGCAAGCCGCUUCGGUAACGAAAAAUUUCCUGAAAAGGUUGCAAGCUGGAAUGCCUCCUGCCAUGAAGGAGGUCUGCGUUUCAAUACGUAUCAGGCGAAUUGUCGUCGUCAGGGUGUUUUUCGAGAAUUGAACAUGAAUAAUGAGAUAGCACUUCCGAUGAUAAACAAAAUCAAGCCCGGAUGGCGCAAGGCAUUUCUGGAAUUGGUGCCCGAUGCCUAUCAGCAACUAGGUGAAGAAUCAAGAGAGGCUUUCGGCUGCUUCCAUUUUGAGGCCAUCCAGUCGGUCAAAUGGGAGCUGCCCCAGGCGAUAAGUAAGCAACUUCAGGAUCGACUCGUCGCUCUUCACGAGUCGGUGAGAGAACAAGUGCAGCAUCUCCAUGAUUGGACAAGGCAAGAGCAACGGAAGGCGAGCAGCCAAUUCAGCGAGAGCAUUGCAACGGGACUGGAAGAGACCUACGAUGCGUGCGCUCAGCUUAAGGGUAGGUACUGUAUCUCCUGCGGCUGCCAAAGGCGCGGUAACUGAAACAGUUUGACUAGGAAUCGGCACCUUGCAAGCGGUCCGAGUAAUGAUGUCCGAGUAUGCCGAGAAACACGGCUCUCAAGUGUUCCGCAAAGCUGCAGUUGAGGUGCAGCAGUCACUUGAAGCAUGGCUAUGCGAAUUGAAGAAGAAGAUCGAGCAGAUGAUCGAGGGACAAUUGCAGGAGGUUGGCCGAGACUACCAUCAAGCGCUUAUAGCACCAUACCUGCGACAUUAUUCUGCCGAACAGGCGCGCUGCAAAGGCCAGGCUCGCCGUCUCAUCCGUGAUGUCCAGGCCGAUCUACAGUUGGGAGUUUUGCUAGGAGGAGGUGGUCUGCCUCAAUCUGGCGAGGCGCCAGGUGUAGACAAGCAGAAGGCGGCGGCUACUACUACUGAAUCUGCUGCUAAAUCUUAGCUUGCGACU